GUUUUGGUUCAUCCCGAGGCCGUGGAGGGACUUUUUCGAGUCUCCCUCCCUUCCAUGCACGGCCUCAUCUGAGAGGUGAACUUCCAUAUGCUCGUCGGGCACGAGCACCGCGUCAGGGUGACCUGUCACCUCCGAGGCCCGCACCACGUCUCCCAGUAUUGCCUGUUUGUGGAAGUCCAUUGCGUUCACGUUCGCGUUCAUCCUCGCGUCCUCGCUCUCGCUCACCUGCCCCUUCCAGAAGUCUGCACUCCCAGUCAGGAAUGCGUUCUCGCUCUCGCUCUCGUUCUCCUUUCUAUUCUCACUCUCGUUCCCGUUCCCGUCCUUGUCCCCGCUCUCGCUCCCAGUCUCCCUGUGGGUCUCAGUCUCGUGCUCGCCCACCUUCUAGCCCCCACUCCCACAGCAGUCCAGCAAGGCAUUCGCAGGAGCAGCAAGUCGCUAGUGGCUUGCCUUGCUUGGUUCCUUUUGUGCGGAUUCCCGCGCAUAAGUGGUUCAAGGUCGAAGUGUCUGCUCAAUGCUGGGAUGCAACACUGCCGCAUCACCUUAAGCCUGCGAACCUCGCUUCUCAAUAUCGGUCGCGUGGUGUUUGGGGCGUUAAAGCAAACAUGCUUAGACUUUCUUUUCGGAAGGAUUUAAAGGGGAAUAGCACUCCUUACGCCUGGAGACACACGUUUUUGCUGAAGGAAUUCACUCUCGUGGAUCCUUUCAAGCAAUUUGUUUUCACCACAGGUCAUUUUUUCGAUGAUCACACGAGCAGCAUGCCUCUCCCGAGUUUGAAAAGUAUUGCGGCUUUCACUUCCGCUGACGACCUGGUCUACAUCUCAUGUGCCUUCGAGCAUGCUGUUGACAAACAUGAGCUAGCUCUAUUUCGUCAAUUGGCCCCUCCUCCACUCCGUUAUGACGUGAUCCCUGACAUCUUGCUGGACUAUUGGAGCUACCCACCAAUUCCUGCCAGUUCUCAACAGGUCCUUCGCAAGCGGACGCUUCAGUCUUAUACCUUCUCAAUGUCCUGGCUAUCAGAGCGUAUUGCCGCAUUGCCAAAUGAACAGCGGACAAUUCAGCUUCGGCGUUUUGAGAUAAUUUGCUGUGCUAUUUGGUUAUACUACAGUGCUGCUAUUGAUCGUAACACAUACGGCCAUAUCAACUUUGUGGCUGAAAUCUGGCCGGUUGAAGGUGGUGAAAUGAAUGCUUUCAUUCGCCGCAUUGCUACGUGGGCGAGGGAACAUCAUCCAGAGGUCACUAUCAGCAGUCGUGGAUCGGAGAAAGAGGAGCUUCGGUUCAAAAAGGGACUUUGGACUUUGCAGAUUGAUGCUGAUCGCUCUGUUGGCGAGUUCUUGAGACCUCUGAGUUUGUAGUCUCAUUUCUAAUUGUAUCUACUGUUCUAAUUUACAUAAGUAAUACAAGUCUGCGAUCGAGC